AGUGUAGAUCGUGCGUGGUCCGGUGCGCGGGCGCAGCCUCCGAGCCGCUUUAUAUACGGCGCGCUGGCGGGGAGCGACACACGUGCAAUACACCCCACGGCCUCCGCACGCCACUAACAUGCUCGCUAAGGUAUUAUUGUUAUGUUGUGCGUGUGUCGGUGCCCUGGCCAAGCCGGGGUUACUGGACGGUAUCGGCUACGCGGCCCCAGCGUACGCGGCCCCAGCGUACGCAGCGCCAGCGUACGCCGCACCAGCGUACGCGCCAGCUUAUGCUGCGCCAGCGAUCGCUCACGCCGUGGCAGCACCAGCGUACGCGCCCGCCAUUGCACACACAUACGCUGCACCCGUCGUUAAAGCUGUUGCAGCUCAGGUUGUGCGCGCUGAGCCCGUAGACCCCAACCCAGCGUACAGCUUCUCAUACGGAGUAGCAGACCCUGCCACGGGAGACCACAAGGAUGCUUCGGAGACGCUGCAGAACGGUGUGGUGCACGGUUCUUACAGCCUAGUGGAGCCUGACGGCCACGUCCGUAAGGUCACCUACACUGCUGACAAGAUCAAUGGAUUCAACGCCGUGGUUGAGAGGACGGGAGCUGCUGCUCACGCGGUGGCAGCACCAGUAGCAGUUGCAGCUCCAGUAGCGAAGGUAUACGCCGCGCCUGCGCCGGUCGCGGUAGCCGCGCCCGUCGCGAGGUACACGCUACCAGCUGCCCACGUCGGCGUUGCCCACCCUUGGGGUUAAAUCCACCAACCACGACUACUAAGCGACCUAACUUCUUGCUGAACGAUCAGAGAAUUGUGUACGGAUUAGAGAGAUUUUAACUUUAGAUCAAUGUUGAGAUUUUAUGAAAAAAAUAUGAUUAUUUAAUGAUUUUUGACUGAGAUUGUUUAGUAAUAUAUAGUUUGGUUAGAAAUCAUAGGCCGCGGCUACAUGGUAAAGGCGAAUUGUAACGUGUUAUUCACUUUUGUAGAAGUUUAGAAUUCUUGUUUUGGGCUCAAACGUCAAAAUAUAACAUUGGACGUUAUGGAAUUGGAGGGAGAGUGCCCCAUUUUGUAGUUUUCCUCGUCUUUGCCGUCCGGCCCGAGUCUGUAAGAGUGGGUUUCGUUCAGCAGGAGUGGGCCCGACGACCUCGCACGUCGACUGUAACUUAUUAUUUAUUGUACUGCUUUGACUGUUGCCUACGGACCUGAUCUUGACGCAUCGUAUUAUUUACGUACAUGUAAAUAUAAUUUAGUUUUUAUAAAUAAAUGCAAUUUUUGCACUA